AGAGUAGGUACUUUAUGUAAUUUAAUUCUCUUUGUCGAGUUGAAUGGUCUGUGGUCGAGGAUGGUCUGUGGUCGAGGUUGUUGUAUAUACAUUUAGGAACCGGAUGAAAUACAAGCACACCACUUAUGAAUUGUAAAAUUAAAAUAAUGAAAGCCAACAACAAUCUCACAAUUUGUAUUAUAUGAAACAGGUUACCAAGCAUGUUACAAUUACCUAAAUUUGAUCGCAACUCGAAAGAAACUGAAGGAAAGUGCAAAUGUCGACCAGUGUGUAAGAGCCGCCGCCGAGAGUGGAAGGGUCAGAUCCAGCACACGUCAGCUGAACUACUGCUCGACAGGAAGCCCCUGUCGCUGUGCUUCCGAAGGUGUCCUACUAAAGUCUUCCCCAACAGCCCGUGUCCCCUAUUCGGCCGGACACGACACGUGAUCAUAAACGAACGAGACUCCAUACCACCUCCUCCGAAUGUCGUGCGAGUGUGCCAGGCACCCUUAGAUGACCAUGUCGACACCCCCUACUUGAGAUAUGUAGACAUGGCUAAGAGGAACGGUGCAUGGGACAUGGUGCGAGGUUGCUGUGCAUUCUGCCAGUGCGGAACUUGCUGCGGCUGCAGCCCGGGCACGUACAAGCUGCACGACGAGGAGCGGACGGCACGGCGGCGGGUGGACAUGCGCGAGUUCGACGCUAGGGUCAAACACGAUUAUCAGAAGAUGAGGAUCAUGUACAACUAGCCUCAGUUGGUGCUAAAAUCAGAAUGAAUGACGCUUCUAUAAUAAAUGAAUGG